UUAACUCUUUAAUCCCGCGUGUUAAGUCUACUCAAAUUCCAUCAUUCAUAGCCUCUGAUUCCUCAGCGCGCAACACACACACAUACAGAGACUUCACUUCACCACAGACCACAACACAGCUAGAGAGAGAAACUGCUAAUGAGAGAGGAAAGAGAAACAAAGUUAUGAAUAGUAGUGUUCCAUUUCCAGCAAUUUUGUUAUUUAAACCCUAAAUUUCAUUCUUAGGAUUCCUUCUUUUCUUUCAUUUUUCCAAAUUACGGUUGUUUUUUUUAACAUUUCGCCGGAAUUUAGGUUUUUUUUUGCUGUUUAUUGGCUUUUGAUUUUCUCAAUUUAGGUCGGAAUUUUUACCUAGGGUUUGAUUUUUGUUAGUUGAAUUGCUCGGAAUUUCGGAAUUUUCAGGAUGCCUGAGAAAUUGAGUAGGAUGUCAGAUAAAGAUAAGAGCAGAAUUGCUGAAAAAAUGUCUGAAUUUAUAUUGUUAAUGGGGUAUAAUGCUGAUUUUCAAGUUGUGAUUGCGAAGGAACUUAGUCGUCAAAUAUGGAUGACUUCAGAAAAUUUAGGUAGAAAACAAUGUAGAGAGCUUUUGUAUCUUUUGUACAUGGCUGAUAGUGCGACCUUAUUGUCGUUUACGGUUUCUUUGGGAAGGUUGAUAUGGAGUAAUCAUUUGAGGGCCAAAAGGAGGUCUUUAAAAAGGAAACUUUUGGAGAAGGUAAAACAACGGGAGCAGGUUAGAGAGAAGAGGAAGGUGCAAGGAAGGGUGAGAUUAGUGGUAAUGGCAAGCAGAGGAGGGAAACUUGGGGCAAUCAAACAGUGGAAAGUGAACCCGGGGUUUUUAUUGGCGAAAAUAGGGUUUCAUGUGAGGCCAAGAAUUGUGUAUAGUACUAUGAGGCAUAAGGUUGUAAAGCGCAAUGUAGAGGUUGGUAGUCGUGUAUAUAGGCUUGCUCUUGCUAUGGGUUUUCUGUCGUUCCGGAAUGUUUGUGUCACGUCCGAGUGGGAGUUUUGGGCUGUCUGCCUUGUUCAGCAAGUCUUUGGCUUUUGGAGGAGUAUAGCAAUUGGAGGAGGGCUGAGUGGUUAUCUUACAAGUGUUGCUGAUAAAUUUGGGUUGGAUGUUGUACCGUGUGAGCUUUUGGAGCGCCUCCAGAGCUGUUUCCGAUGCUCUUCAACUACUCGCUAUCCAGGCUAUGGAAGAGAUUAACCCAUGGGCUGGAGAUAUGAGCAUGUGAAGGGACUUCAACUGGGAUGCAAUGGUCAUGUUUGUGUCUGAUUUGAUUGAAUUAACCGAAGAAGGAAGAGUUCUUUAUGGUGCGGAAGUUUAUGGCAUAACUAAUGUAGGUACUGGAGAGACGCUGUGAUUUGUUGAUUAGGAUUAAUUGAUGUAAAUAUGAUACACAGGAAUGAAGUACAUGAGAUGGAAGAGCGUAGAUGUGAAUUUGUAAACGUAAAGAUAUCAUUCAGUCUGAUUUGAUACAUACUGUGUGGAAUGCAAAAUCUUGUAUCAAAGCAUUUUAUGUGUU